UUUUUUUAAUUCCUAAAGGCUUAGACCGUAAUGUGUUAAUGUAACGUAAUGUAUGUCUGAGCUUAAUAAUUAUUCUGAUUUCAAAUUAUUAAUAAAUAAUUAAAAAUAGGACGCUUGUUGACAUACCUGAAAGUCAAAGGUUUUAAUUACUUACUGAUUACAGUGCUCUAACUCUUAAGUAAUAAACUUGUACUCUUAUAUUUCUUCUAUAAUAGUGGUGUGCUUCGUUUUUUCUUCCUUGUUAUGAUCUUAACAAUUGUUUAGAACUUGAUCUAUUAAUAAUUUAUUGUAUUUUAUAUUCUUUAAAAUUAUUACAAUUAUUAUAUUUCGCUUACUUAUUACACACUCAGUAGUAUGGAUACGUGGACUGCUGAUAUUUGGAACGAAAAUGAAGGCGAAUGCAAGAAAACUCUGAAUGAACCAGGAAAUUGGGAGAAGAUACCUUUAUUAUUUGAUGAUAAAACAACUCUUGGAAGCUUAGUACGAUUUAAAGGAAUGAUACAAGAUAUGUUAAAUCCAGAAUACUAUAGCAGCAGUUUUACAAUUAUCAAUGCUGAGAAUGAAGAAGUUGCUUCUCGUCGAGCAAAAUAUCAUAGCAGUACUCAAAAUAUUCAACCUGGAGAAGAAGUUGUAUUUGGAAAUGCAUUGAUGGAAAGACAGAUUAUUGCCUGUAUUCCUAUUCCAGGAUUGAAUGAAUGGGCCAAAGAGAUAGCUAAUGCAAAUCAGAAUGUUGAAGUAGAAGAUAAUACGAGUAAACGUAUUCGUCUUGAUCCAGCAUGUCAAAAGUACUCAAAGGAAAUAUUUAUUUUUGUAUACCCUGAAGAUUUUGAUACUAAUGAUCUAAAAGUAAACCAAAUCGUAGAAGUUGUAGGAUUUCUUGACCGACGAACAAUUCAAGAGGACAAUGAAAAUCUACAUGAACAAUCUUCAAUAGCUAAAGAAACACAUUGUAUACAUGCCGUUCAAUUGAAACUACUAAAAACUUUAAUCUCAGAAAAUGAAGAAUCGAAAAAUUUAAUCUGGAAUGAAGCUUCAAACAUUCACGCAGAGUUAAAAUUGGUAUUAACUCAAGCAUUAUUAGGAGAUUCUUUAGUGGCUGAUUAUUUAUUAUUUUACCUUAUAUCAACCACUUAUAAUAGACAACACAAUUUGGUUCCUGGAAAAUUCUCAUUAAACAUUCGUGGAAUACCUGAAAGUAUUGACAAAAAUUACACAAAACAUUUAUACUCAUUGAUAUCUUAUUUGGUAGUAAAAAGCGAGUAUUUAUCAAUCCAAAUACACACUUUGAACAACAUGGAUAUGAUUCCAAGAAAAUGCUAUACUUCCAAUAGACUCUUGAAUGGAUUAUUACAGUUAUCAGAUAGGACACAUUUGGUCUUAGAUGAAACAGAUUUACAACCUGGAAAUUUGGAUAGUAAAGGAAUGCAAAAUUUUGAAGCUCUAAAAAAUAUAAUUUCUAACCAACAAAUGAAGUAUGAUUUCACUUAUUACGGAAUGGACUAUGAAACUCAAAUACCAGUACUGACAUUAUCAAUUGGAAAAUCUAUUCUACCUUAUGAUAUUGAUAUUGUAUUGAAACCAGACCCAUCUUGUUCUAACGUUGAAGAGACAAUGAAUUCAGUACAUGGCUACCUAAAAAGUCAGUUACAUCUUUUAGACAAAUUGAGAAAAUAUAUAGCAAUAAUUUCAACAUUUCCUUUUAACUAUGAUGAGGAUAUUUUAAAAGUAAUUGAACAUGAUUACGUAGAGAUGCGAAAAGCUGAUCCCAAAAAUGUGUCUGGUGAUGACUUGCAUCGUUUUAUGAUGAUUUCAAGAUUGAUUGCUUUAUGUUCUGGAAAGAAUGAAUUUAAUAAAGAAAUUUGGGAAAGUGGAAAAUCAUUAGAAAAUCAACGUAAUCUAAGAAACAAGGAAACCAUACAUUGAAUAAUAUUAAUUUAUACGAUUAAUAUAUUAAUAUAUUCAGGUCAUCAAAAACUACUAAUAUAGUAAUAUACAUUUUUAAAUAUUCAAUAAAAUUGUCUUAUUGUAUAAAUAGUUGCACAUUAUAAUUUACUGAUAAAUAAAAAAAUGUACAUAUUUUUCUACUA